AGGUUGUGAGCAACUUGACCUACAACAGUAUGGCCAUGCAUGAAGAUGUGGACACUCACACUCUGAGGAAAGCUCUGUGGAACUACAUCCACUGUCUGUACGGGAUACGCUACGACGAUUACGACUACGGCAGCGUUAACGUGCUGCUGGAGCGCUCGCUGAAGGUGUUCGUUAAGACCAUGGCCUGUCACCCGGAGCAGACCACGGCACGCGUUUAUCACGCCUUCUGGAGACACUUCAGACACUCGGAAAAGGUUCAUGCAAACCUAAUAGUGAUGGAAGCCCGGCUACAGGCAGCCUUACUUUAUGUUUUACGAGCCAUCACACACUACAUGAGAUGACACACUCUCUCUCACACAUUUUUGCAGAUGCUGAGCCAGCUGUGACAAACCACAGCCUAAUGCACAACACGCACACGCACACGCACACGCACACACUACAGUGAAUGUUUAUGCAUAUCUUAAGUUCCAGUGUUAAUGUUUUGAUGCUGCUUUGCGACUGGGAUAUCUGAUAUUUAAAAAUUGUUACUUAUUUUGCACUGAAAUCUAUCAGGUUUUGUUUCUGCCUUUGAGCCUCAAGUGUUGUUGUGAAUAUCUUGCACAUAUUUCUGUCAGACAAAGACAUAUCUACAAGCUACUUGCCAGGUAGGAUUAGGUCUGGUAUAACCAAAUUAUCUUCAUGAUUCUACUGUUUGACAUAUCUAUUCAAGCUAAUAAUGAUCAUACAGACUACUCAUGCCUCAGUCCUCUCCGUCUGCAGCACACAGAGGCUGAAAUCAAAACAGACAAAUAACUUGUAUUUUUGUGUACAAUAAAAAAUUACUUUGUUAUGAAAA